AUGGUAUGGCGGUUUAUGAUGAAUCGAGCAUGGAUUAUAUCACGAAGAUUUCGAGCCAUCAAACAGCAGUUCGAUCAAGUAUUUCUAGGUACUGCUGUUGAACCAUCACGAGCAACGGAGUGUGCUAAUUAUGUCAAUGAGAAUAUGGGUUUUGCUGUCUCGAAACUUUAUAUAAAUAAAUAUUUUGACAAGGGCGCUCGUCUAGAGUCAAUUGCAAUGAUUGAAAAUAUUCGACAUCAAUUUAUUGAUAUCAUCAAUCAAUCGACAUGGAUGGACUCCGUCUCGAAACGUAAAGCAAUUGAAAAAGUAAGUGAAAUAUAA